AGGGGGGCCUUGCUGGUGGCGGGAUCCCGGCGUGACCUCGGCGUGCUCUGGUCGGGAGCGGCGGGCGGGCGGAUUUAUGUGCCGGGAGUGGGGCCGAGCGGGGCGGCAGCGGCGGCUGGCGGGGCCGGCGUGGGCACCAUGGGUGUGAUAGGUGUACAGUUGGUGGUUACCAUGGUAAUGGCUAGUGUCAUACAGAAGAUCAUACCUCACUAUUCUCUUGCUCGUUGGCUUCUCUGUAGUGGCAGCUUACGGUGGUAUCAACAUCCCACUGAAGAAGAACUGCGGAUUCUGGCAGGGAAGCAAAGAGGGAAGAGUAAAAAAGAUAGAAAAUAUAAUGGUCAUAUUGAAAACAAACCCUUAACCAUUCCAAAAGAUAUUGAUCUUCAUCUGGAAACAAAAUCUGUAACAGAAAGGGACACUAUUGCAUUGCAUUACUUUCCGGAAUAUCAGUGGUUGGUGGAUUUCACUGUUGCAGCUACAGUUGUGUAUGUGGUGACAGAAGCCUAUUACAGCAUCAUGAAGCCCUCACAAGAAAUGAAUAUCAGCAUAGUGUGGUGUCUGCUUGUCUUGGCUUUCGCAGUUAAGAUACUGUUUUCAUUGACUACCCAUUAUUUCAAAGUUGAGGAUGGAGGUGAAAGAUCAGUCUGUGUCACCUUUGGUUUUUUCUUCUUUGUGAAAGCAAUGGCAAUACUCAUUGUGACAGAAAACUAUCUAGAGUUUGGAUUGGAAUCAGGAUUCUCGAAUUUCUCAGAAAGUGCUAUGCAGUUUCUUGAAAAACAAGGUUUGGAAUCACAGGGUCCUGUGUCUAAACUAACCUUCAAAUUGUUCCUGGCUAUUCUGUGUUCACUUAUUGGUGCUUUUUUGACAUUCCCUGGCUUGCGACUGGCUCAAAUGCAUCUGGAUGCUCUGAAUUUAGCUACAGAAAGAAUAACACAAACAUUGCUACAUAUAAACUUCUUGGCGCCUUUAUUUAUGGUUCUGCUAUGGGUAAAACCAAUCACUAAGGACUACAUUAUGAGCCCACCUUUGGGCAAAGAGAGCAUUCCUUUAAUGUCAGAAGAUACAUUUGAUACCGUCAGAUUGUGGAUUAUAAUCCUGUUGUGUGUUUUACGGUUGGCUAUGAUGCGUCACCAUUUACAGGCCUAUCUGAAUUUAGCCCAGAAAAGUGUGGAUCAGAUGAAAAAGGAAGCUGGUAGAAUAAGUAUGGUUGAUUUACAGAAAAUGGUGGCUCGAGUAUUCUAUUAUCUCUGUGUAAUUGCACUGCAGUACGUUGCACCAAUGGUAAUGCUCCUUCACACAACUCUGCUCUUGAAAACACUAGGUAAUUAUUCUUGGGGCAUCUACCCAGGACUGAAUUCUGACACUCCAGUAGAAAACAGUCUGCUUCCCAAUUCUGCUUAUUCUGAGUCUCCACCUGCUGAUGGAAAGAUGAAAGUAACUGUAGUACAAAUAACAAUGGCUCUGGGAAGCCUAAAGAAUAUUUUCACUCCUCUCCUGUUCCGGGGACUCCUGUCUUUCCUCACCUGGUGGAUUGCUGCUUGCCUUUUUUCUACAAGCCUUUUUGGGCUCUUCUAUCACCAGUACCUGACUGUGGCAUGAACGAGUCAACUGACAGAGCAAGUGUGAGGUCAAAUUCUAGAUACAAACCCAGGCACCCAAGAGGAGAUGACGAGAAAAGGAAACUAUACAUGUGAAGAGAAAACAUAUCAUAAUUAUUUUUAAACACUUCCUUGGUGUUCUCAGGGUGAAUAAUCUUAAAAUGUUUAAAUUUGCAACUGGGUUUGUUAUUUUUGUUACCCAGAUGGUAGGUAACUAAUUCAGUUAUAGUUGUGGGACUGACUGACAUAAUUGUGUUGUGUAGAUGGUGGUAAGCGUGCUGAAAAGAUGUGACCUCUGAGUAUCUUGGUUUCCAUAAACAGCAAGCCAAACUCAAAAAUUUGUUUUUUAAGCAUCAACAGUCGCUGACUGAAUUCAAGGGGUACUGGACAUAGUGGUGGUGGCUGCCUAUCAAUUAAGUCUUGAAACUGAGCCAUACAGUGAAAGGAGAAAGAGGGGAUUUAAAAAAAAAUUCUGUUGGAUAGCUAUUGAUCACUUUUCUCCUUGGAAAAUGAAAUAAUCCAACAGGACAAAAGAGAUGCUGUAUAUUACAGUAAGAAGAGUUGUAUAAAAUAUAAAUUUAACAGGAGUAGAUGUAUGUACCUGACAGGUAUUGCUGCCUACAUAUUUUGCAGGAGUGCUUGUGCGGUAAGAAAAGAGUUAUAACAAAUAUAUUAUUUCAGUCCCUGCAGUCAUUUUAAAGUAAUGGCCAUCUGUAUUGGUGCUAGUAUUGAUCCACAGACUGCAUCUGGAUCUUUUAAAUUUCUUCUUUUGAGGUAGUAGAUAAAUUCCAUUGAAUUUACAAAAGAAUAGAAAAUAAUUAGUGACACCAGUCAAACAUUUCUAAACAAAACAGUUUAAUCCUGCUGACUGACAGUGUAUGUAUAUGUGUAACGUACAUAGAAAUAUAUAUUAUAUAUUAAAUAUAUAAUAUAUAUGAAAGUAUGAAAUAUGGAAUCUUUAUUUUAAAUUCCUGAAUGUAUCUUACAGGGCUGUGGGAGAGGGGUGUAUGUGUAUCUAGUAAUUUCAAGAUUCCCUUUUGAAAUGAAACUUUUAAAUUUUAUUUUAUUUUAUUUUAUUUUUUUUCUUUUAGUUGAAAGGGCUAUUUGGGUUUUUUGUACCUCUUUAGAGGCACUUAGCUAUACUAAAGAACUUACGCUGUCUUGGAAGAAAAGAUCUACUUAAACUGUUAAUCUUAAAAUUUCUCCUCUGUCAAAUCAUCAUCUUUUGCCACUUUAAUCUGUGCUAACUUGACCGUAUAAUGAUAAUUAAUAUAUCUUGGCUUCAGAAAUAGAUUUUCUGUAUAAUAAAACAGCUAUGUAAUAAGAAAAAGAGCAAAGUAUUAACUUUACAGUUUUUGCUUAACUGGAGAGAUAGAUUUCAAUCAUAAAAUUAUUGACAGUUUUUCAGAUGUUUUGUGUAUUUGCAAAACAGGAAUGGGGAUUUAUAUGCAGUAGCUUUUUUUAAACAGUUAAUAUUACACUUUGCAGAGGUCACUGGGUUUUUUAACUAAUACUAGCUGUUUUUAUGUUACUGUUCUUUUUCCCUUGAAUUUCUGUACAGCUUUGGCAUAUAAUAAGCAUUUAUAAAUGGAAAAGCUUAACUAAAUAUUUAAUAUGUAGCAAACCUACCAUGUGGGAAAACAAACUCAAUGAAUGCAGAAAAUCAAGAUUUUAAGCUGGUGAUAAACUAUCUUAUUGUGUUGAAAGCCUUUUAAGUUAUUUAUUAGUUUAUUAAGUUGCAUUUAUUGGGGAAAGAUUUGUGUACACAAGCCUAGUACCUACUGUGUUUGGGAUGUCUGAGAACACCUUGCAUGAGGCUACUGGUUUCAUUGCAGUAUUUCGGUGUGACUGGGGCUGCAAGCUUUGUUGUUUUCACACCAACUUUUUGUAACUAACAGGACUUUACUGUGAAUUGCCUAAAGAAUAAUAUUUGACCUCAUAGUUUCAAAUCUCAAUGCAUUCCUAGGAAGUAUCUUUCAGAUGAAUAAUUGAAUGACAAAAUAUGACAGGUCCAACAAUACUGGACCCACUUUUGUAAUCGUUCAAGACAUAUCGUUACAACAAUAUGCAUCAUUACUAAUAGAAUUGAUAAGGCCAGCUUUUAGGUUACAGUUAGGUGUUCAGUGCCAGUAUUUCGAUCAGAAAAAUAAAACAAUGCAAAACAAUUUGAUUCUGAUAGUGAACUUGCCUGAUGAAGCUCACUAUAUAGGAGAUGUAACCUGUUGUUGCAAUUUGAAGGAGUAAAUUUUGGAUACUUGAGAAUACUUCAGAGUAAUAUUAAACAACAGUUUCUGCUGGCAUAGUCACUCUGAAAGCUCAUAAGCAAAAGUGAACUGUAGUUAUAUAAUAAUGCAUUCAGCAGAGGUAAUAACUGGAUCACAUAGCUGAACUUCACAAAGCUUUUCCUAAGAGCUCUGCUACCUUACUAUUCAGACAUCACCACUGAUCAUGGUGAAAAAUAGGCACCUGGUGUUACAAACAUGAAGAUCAGUGCUUGUAUCCACUGUGCUGUUCCAUUGUUUUACAGACCAUGGUUCUGCAGAAUUGAAUAGUUGACCUUCUGGUUAGCGGUGAGUGGGAGAUGGUCUUUCUUCGGAUCCAUUUAAUCCUAACACGAGUCCAGAAGGCUUAUGGAAAGCUAAAAUAUGGCAAUAAAAGCCUUUGAAACGUGUGGUGACAGUGAAACCAGAGGGACCAUAUUGCUGAAGUUGUGAGCAGUGCUUCCUACUGUGAUGUGAUACAAUCAAAAAUGUGUUUUAAAGUAAAGUAGCAACCCUGAUAGUCCUGACUUCCAUGUAUAUUGUGUGAGGUUCAAAGGAGUAUCUGCUCACUUCUGUAGUAAGUUUCUUUAAAACAGCAGCUGGCAAAUGCUUUCUUUGUUUGUUUCGUGGAGACCUUUAUCAGCACCUGGCAAUGGGAGGAAAGCAUCUUGCAGAAAUAGAAAAGCAAGCAAAAUGUGACUGAAAGAUUGGUAGAUGUUACUCAGGUUUCUUAAACAUUUUGUCUAACUUUUUGCCCACCACUUAAUCAAAAAAAUUUAGAAUGGUUUGUGUUGGAAUGGAUCUGGAAUGGACUACUUUCCACCAGACCAGGUUGUUUCAAGCCUCAUCAAAUAUGGCCUUGAACACUUCCAGAGAUGGGCAGCCACACCUUCUCUGGGUAACCUUAUCUAGUGCCUCACCACCUUCACAGGCAAGAGUCUCCACCUAACACCUAAUCUAAAUAUCCCCUUUUCUAGUUUAGAUCUUCCCCCUUGUGUUAUCACUCCCUGCCUGUGCAAAAAAUUUUCCCUCUUUUUUACAAGCCCCCUUAAAGUAUUGGAAGGCCCCAGUAAGAUCUCCCUGUUUCUGAGAGAUUUUAGGAAAUGUUUCUUUGGCAAAGAAUCCAUGUCUGUUUCUUUUUAAAUUCAGGUCUCCCUUCCUCUCUUAGUGAUGUGACUUCCGUUGCUGAUCUACAGCGCUUUCCCUGUGUUCCCUGCUCAGAACCAAGUAGGCUAAGUUAGUUUAAGAUUGUAUUUUGACUUCUGUUUAGUUUAAAUUUAUCUAUUUUUGAAGGAUUAUUUCCUUUAAAUAGUUCAAAUAACUUCAAAUCUCAUCUGAAACAUGAAUAAACUCAUUAACAUUUGUUUAAACUCUGCACUUCUAUUAUGUAGGUCCCUUUAGACAAAGAUUUAAGAUAGCGAUAAAUCCAUGUCUUCCAGCAAGUUCAGGGAGGUCCAAACAUUACACUUGGGCUAUUUCUGAGCUAAGAUAAGUUGAUUAAGAACAGGAGAAUAGAUUAUAGAAAGCCUAUUCUUACACUUUGUAGGUGAUAUUCUCAGGCUGCAUUUGUCCUCUUUUGAUUCCUUCUCAAGCUGUAGGUUAUGCCAGUUUCUGAGGUUUUGUUAGCUGUGUAGUCUUUUCCAGAACUUGUGUGCAUAAAGGAUCCACAGAUUAAAAAGUAGCAUCAGUACAAGAGAACAUCCUUGUACAGAAGAUACAUACAGAAAAUCAAUUUCUGUUGCGAUUGUUCUGAUUAAGAUCACAAGUACUGCAAAGUGUUUAGACAGAGAUAAAGUUCUUCCCUGGAUCGUAAAGUCAAAUUUGUCUUAACAAAAAAAAUACUACCAAGACAUCAAUACAACAUUUAGGCAGUAUAACCUUACUCUAUAAUGAUUGGCAAGUACAGAAAUUUCAGCUAACUACAAAGGAGCAACCCAAAGUACUGUACUUUGUUGCAGUAACUACAGCUAAGUGGUAAUGGGGAUAUUGGAUAUAUCGCAUAGAAAUUGAGCACAUCUGAUCUUAAUUAAAGCUGUUAGAAGGCUCUCCAAGGUAAAAGGCCUUAUGUGUCUCUAUUCUCAAAUAGCUGUGCUUUCCACAGAGAUAAUUUUGAUCAGUUUUUAAGCACUACACUUCAUGAUUUUUCACAUGACGUAUUUUGCACAUUUAUUUGUUUGACAUGGCCCCUCCACACCCAGAUUUAACCCCACAGUUUAUUUUGUCACUAUAAACUUCCUAGAUAGUUUUAGUUAAGGUUUAAGAAUUAAGUGCCCAGACAAAAUGGAGACAUUGAACAAGAAUGAGGCCAAAGAAAACUGUGUAUUCUCUUGGAGAAAUCUGUUACGGCUGAGCAAAAUCGUAAUGGAGGAAGGCAACAGCAGAUUGCUUGUAUCCUAAAGCAAAUAUUAAAUGUGAAUCUGUACCAUUAUGAGUAAGACUGUUAUUUUUAACAACUGCAGCCUAAAUCCCUAUGGUAAAUAGCCUAAAUCCUAAAUGGUAAAUAAAGAGCAAUAUUUUGACCUCACAGAUACCUACUCUUAAGAGCAUGUAGGCAGCAGAUGCUUAAAAGCCUGAUGUCUGAUCUCAGUGAGCAGGCUGAUGCAGAUUGGUCUGUCUGUGCUUCAGAGUGAUUUUUGUGCAACUCCUUUAGGAAGGCCUGCCAUGCUUUGUGACCUGUGCAGCACAUGCAGUGAAGUAGAUGGCAUGUCUCAUUUGCACUCCUGAGUACUAGACUGAAAGGUCUUCCUCCUCUAGGUGAGAUCAUGAAGCCAACAUGUCAUUUCCAGGCUGCUUUUACUGACAUCUGUAUAUGCUGCACUUAACUUUUUCCAGUCUCUCACUGUGGACUGCCAGGAGAGUAAUGUUGCACUGGAUGUUGUUUUGCAUUCCAGUGUAUAUGUAUUUUUGUACCAUUGAUUUCAGUGGUGUUUUUAAUGGAAAUUAUUUUUAAUCCUAAUGCCAUGGAUCAUAUUUUCAUUUUUUAAAUUAAUAUCAGUGCCUGCAACUAGAAGUCAAAAACUUCUACACUAUUUUUUUAAAAAAAAUUUAUGUUCAGGCUGAAGUAUUAACAGGCAUGCAGUUUUAUAUAAAUGUCUACAAUUCCCCUGUAAAUACCAGGUUUUUUCCCAUGUCAUUACACAUCAGUCAAGACCCUUAAACUUUGUACUUGCAGCAUUUUUUCUCAGCAACAUACUAUCCAUAUGACCCUGCUAUCUAUAAAAUACACAUCUCAAAAGAGCUUUGAAUAGCUUUAGUAGUAGGUCAUUACUCUUAUUGUGCUGCAACGUAUUUUUUAAAACCUGGCUUAAAAUUUUUGUGCUUAAAGUCAGCCUUAUUCUCUCUUCCUCUGCUCAUAAUAACUUUGCCUCCUAUAUGUGUUCUAAGCUUCCAGAAUGCAUUUCACAGUAUUUUUGAUAAAGGCAUUGGACAAAGAAAAAGGCACGAACAAUUGUAUUUCAUAAAGUCAGUUCAUACCCUUGUGAUGAUAUGCCAGCACUUUUUAUUUUUCCCAUCUUUGGUCAUUCCUUUGUUCUAUUGUUAACAGUACAUAAGGUUUUCUAGGAGGAAUAUACCUGGAAAAAUACUACAUAACAGAAGUUACAGAAAGCUGUCUAAUGUUUCAAGUCUUCCCAUUUAUGUGAGUAAAUAUUAAUGUAAAGAUGCUAUUAAAUAAUUUUAGCCUAAAAUUUCUCAUAAGGUAGACAUGUUACUAAUUGCACAGGGAACAUCCUCCAAGUUGUAAAUAUUUUACUUUAAAUCUACUUGUCUCUUUGUUGCUGGGAACACACAAAUUCAGUGUUGUUCUUCAGUUAAUAGUUUUUUGGGAGUUUUUUUUGUUUUUAAGUGAAAAGCACAUAAUACUUUCUACUCUAGAACACAGACCUAGGACAAAAAGACUCCCCUCCCUUCAUUUCAGUAUUUGCCAAAUGGAAAAGACUCUGAUGUUAUGCAUGUAAAUUUUAGCUUCCUCUUACUGCUACAAUACUGUUAAAAUAUGAUUUUUAUAGUUACAGCUUUACAAGUACUAAGACUCUCUUGCUUCACAGUGAGGAUGGUGUCAAGGGGUGUUGCAUUACCUGCUGUUUGAAAACAUACUGGCUCCUAUGCUUUUAGAUGUUCAUCAGGAUUUGUGCUCAGAAGAGCACAGCACAGGUUGAAAAAGCUCACUUUCAGGAUGUUUUUUGAUUGUUUUGAGGGUUUUUUUUAGUGAUAUGGAUAAUACUUGGGUAUAGCUAAUAACAACCUCCAGUAAUAUUGCAUUAUUUUUGUACACUGUAAAGUGCCUAAUCAUGGGUGACUCUGGUAGCCCUUGAAAUGGGUUUUGCUAUGAAAUUAUUUUUUUCAUACAUUUUUUGGCUGAUGUAAUUUCCAUGUGUGGUUAUGUGUUAUUACAUAUUGGAGACAAGAUUUUUAAGAAAUAUUUACCAUUCCUCUUACUUAAGUGAUAAUCUAACAAUUAAAUGGUAAUCUAACAA